UUGUUUUCCCGAGAAUAUCUACUCGGUACUAAGUACCUAAUUAGUGCAGAUUUGAGGUCUGCGUUUAUUUUUAGGAGGGUGAGGCAAGCGCAAACUGAACAGCGGUCCCACAGUGUUGGUUCUUCAAUUUGGAGGAACUACGACGACACACAGCUAUAUAAAAGCAUAUUGUCAGGCCGUAGCAUAGUAAAAGUGCUUUUCAGGGAAAUGAUUCCCCCGGUUCAAGCCAAAUUGAUUGCGUUGGACCACAGAGGAUUCAGAACAGUUGUUAUAGAAAAGUUGAAACCGGGACCGUUUGGAUUCUACAUUGCAACAGGGAUUAUUAAUCAAAGGAGAGGGAUCUUCAUAUCGCGGGUUUCUUUGCCUUCUUUAAUGCCAGUCUUAUCCGUUGGCGACGAGCUCAUUUACGUUGAGAAUGAACUUAUCAAGGGUCGUACUCUUGAGUACGUACAGUCACUAAUUGCGGGUAAAAAUAUUGUAACAAUAGUUCUGUUGCCAAACAUCUCAUCAGCACUCUGUUGA